AUGACCAGACAGUCGUCGAGCCAGUCGCACAUCUCACAGAGCCCGUCGGAAAAAGGCCACCGGCCGCACAAGGUGACGCACCGCCAUGUCGCAGGAGGGCGCAUGCAGCGGACGGCGUCGACGGGCAAGAACCUGGGCAAGUUUGCAAAGACGACGCAGACGCAGACGCAGGCCACCGACGAGGGACGCCACCACCGCCGCUCGCAGUCAGGCACGUCGCUCUCGGUGCCCAGCAGCCCGCGGCCCGGCUUCAAGCGCAACGCGUCCUCGGGCGCCAUCAUGCGGCACAACCCCCAAGCGCACGCCGCCCACGCCAACCUGCGCAAGAACCACUCGAGCGGGCACCUCGUCGGCAAGGCCAAGGGCGGCAAGUCGUCCAAGGACCUGGCGCCGAGUAAGAAGCUCGGCAGCAGAUCACGUCCGGCGUCGCCCGAGCAGCGGCCGCUGGUGCACUUUGACGUGGGCACCGACGCGCAGGACGCGCAGGACGCGCAGGACGCGCAGGACGAGCACGACGAGGGCGGGUGGACGGAGGAGAGCGCGUCGCAGUCGCCCAACACGACGCGCUCCAACACGCGCUCCAACUCGGUCGCCGCCGAAGUGCAAAAGGCCGUCGACGACACCACCGAGAGCAACACGCGGGCAAACGCGGGAGAUGCAGCAGACACAUCGCCCCCCCACUCGCUGCCCGCCCCGCCGCCCGCCGCCCACUCGCGCCCGCCCGACGCCGACCUCAUCACGUCGCGCCUGCUCCAGCGCAGCGCCUCGCACACCGCCGCCCCGCAGGCCUCGUCCGUCUCGGCGACCGUCGCGUCCGCCGGCCGCGGCCACCUCAGCACCAGCGUCGGCAGCACCCUCGUCGACACCCCCGGCCGCGACCUCGUCUCGCGCUUCAUGGACGGCGACGGCUCCGCGGGCACCCCGCACGACGGCCACUACAUGGCCGCGCGCCGCUCCAAGUCGACGUCCAACUUCCACGACGACGACACGCCCACGCGCCCGCACUCGCUCAAGUCCGGCGCCACCACCCCCAACCUGUUCCCCCCCAUCCACAACCGCACCCAGAACAAGCUGCUCCUCCAGCGCGCCGCCUCCGCCAUCGAGCCCCACGCCCCCGUCCCCGCCGUCCUGCGCUCCGGCGGGCCCUCGUUCCACAACAUCGGCCUCGCCUACGGCGCUGCCGAGGGCCGCCUCGACCCGCGCCUGCAGCAGCAGUUCAACCAGGUCGCCAUCGAGUACCGCGUCGUCCAGCGCUACCGCAACCCCCUCGCCGACAGCAUCGCGCGCCUGCAGCAGAUGCCCGGCGUCCUGCGGAAGCUGCGCGCGGUCGCCGAGGCCGAGCCCGCCGCCGAGGCGCAGGAGCUGUGUCGCCGCAUGUGGGAGUGCACCGAGACCGUGGCCGGGGAUUGA